GAGAGAGAGAGAGAGUCGUCUCCCACCAGUCCAUUUUCCUCAUCCAAACCUUCCCUUUCUUGCAGUAUCAGCACUAAUACCUCUCCUACCUCAAUUUCGCAGCUCACUCCCGUUGCCCGUCUCCGUCGGCCACUUCGUCGACCACAUCAAGCUUGCCGUCGCCAUGGCGCUCUUCUACCUUAGCCUCAGCUCCUCUUGCGAGGACUACUUCGUCUACCCGCUGCAGCUCGCCGUCUCCAUGGCCCUCUUCUGGCUCGGCCUCAGCUCCUCCUACGAGGACUACUUCAUCUUCCCGGCGCAGCUCGCCGACCUGCCCUCCUCCCUGCCGCUUCUAUUAACCCCGCCUUCCGUCAUCAAGGCCAGACUCCCCGUCGUGAGGUUCUCCAGCCUCGGGACGAGCUCUCUCCAAGGAGGAGAUGACGCCAUCUGCGCGGUGUGCCUGGGGCGCCUGGAAGCGAGGCACGAGGUCAGGGAGCUCGGCAACUGCCCUCACGUCUUCCACAAGAGGUGCAUCGAUAAGUGGGUGGACAUCGGGCAGGUCACCUGCCCACUGUGCCGAGCUCAGCUGCUGCCCAUGGGAAGGGACGAGGAGGAUCGAUGGAUUGGCUGCUGAUCCCUCAGCAUCAUGAAGCACCUUCCGGACGUGGUAAUUCGACUCACCGGUGAAGCUAUCAGUUGCUCUCUACUUGGCUGUUCAAAUAAUGGUGUAAUUAAUUGUACAUGGAAAGAAAACAUCUAUUCGAUCGGAUGCUUUCUGACUGUGUAGUAAAGGGAAAAAAAAAAAAAGGUUGAUAAUAGUCGGAUUGACGAAAGGCAGUAAGUAACAAAGAGAUGUUGGUGGUUAACUUUGGCCUCA